GGGAGGGGCUCCUGGAAUUCCUGGACCCGGAAGUGGAGGAGGAAGAGGAAGAGGAAGGAGCCGGAAGUCGAUGGCGCCGCUGCCGCCUCCUGCUCCUGCCCCACCCCCCCCAAGGGCCCAGCCUGGAGCUCUUCCUGCCCCCACAUGCUCCUCGGCCUCUCCUGACCAUUCCCUGCUCCUCCAUUGCUGCUGCCUCCCCCAUGGAAUUCCCGGACAAGGAAUCUGCCUUCAUCCUAAAGCUGGAAUCGGGUCGGGAAUACUGCCUGGAAGCGCCGGAUCCACAGCAGCUCCGGGGCUGGCUCGAGGACAUCCGGCUCUGCCUGCCCCCGGGGGAUGAACUGGAUUCCUCAGCCCCCUCCUGCUCCAACCACUCGGAUGCAGGAUCCGGACGGGAGCUUCCGACUGGGAGCAGUGAGCACCUGACCCAAGGUGCUUCCGGCCCCGUCUCCUCGUCGCUGUCUCCCAGUUCGGUGGCUGCUUCCUUACUGGGAUCAAUGGAGCUGCCCCCCCCGGAGCUGCCCCCCCGGAUCCCUAUGGAUGAGGUCACCGAGCGCCUCCUGCCCCAUGGCCCCUUUGGGGAGAGCCCAGAGCCGGCAGGCCCCUUCCUCUUCCAGACCCCCCUCCGUGACGAGGACGAGGAUGUCCCAGACGAUCCCAUUCCCGGGAAUGCCGGAGCCUUCCCAUUGGAGCAUCCCCUGGCCGAGUACCCCUGGUUCCAUGGGACCCUAUCCCGGCUCCGGGCAGCCCAACUGGUGCUUGCUGGGGGCACUGGGGCCCAUGGGGUGUUCCUGGUGCGGCAGAGCGAGACCCGAAGGGGGGAGUAUGUCCUGACCUUCAACUUCCAGGGAAAGGCCAAGCACCUCCGGUUAUCCCUGAAUGAGGAUGCUCAGUGCCGUGUGCAGCACCUCUGGUUCCAGACCAUCCUGGACAUGCUGGAGCACUUCCGGGUCCAUCCCAUCCCAUUGGAAUCCGGUGGCUCCAGUGACGUCACUCUGCUCAGCUACGUGGUGGCUCCGCAGCGGCCGCUGGGUCGCGACCGCUCCGGGAGCCGCUCGACCUCCGUUGACCCCGACCCCAUCAUGGCCACCGACUGCCUCUGACCCCCCCAUCCAAUGGGAUCCCAUUCCCAUCCCAUGGGAACACCGGGAAUCAUGGGGGGGGAGGGGCAAAAAACCCCAUUUUCCCCCUUUUUAACCCCAAAAAGGGGGUUCCCC